UGGGGAGUGACUGUUAGUAGGUGUGGGGCUUCUCUUGGGGGCGAUGGAAGUGUUCUAAAAUUAAUGGUGGUGAUUGCACAACUUUGUGCAACUACGGCGUUGAAUACUUGAGAUCUGUGAGUUGCGUGUGAAUUCUAGCUCAAUAAAGCUGUUAUUUUCUUUUUUCUUUUUUUUUAAAUUUUUUUAAAGUUUAUUUAUUUUUGAGAGAGACAGAGACAGAAUGGGAGUGGGUUAGGGGCAGAGAGAGAGGGAGACACAGAAGCAGAAGCAGGCUUCAGGUUCCGAGCUGUCCGCGCAGAGCCCGAUGCGGGGCUCGAACUCACAAGCCGUGAGAUCAUGACCUGAGCCGAGGUCGGACGCUCAACCGACUGAGCCACCCAGGCGCCCCAAAUCUCUUUCUCUUUCUUAAUGGGCUGAUUUCCCACUAGGUUUGUGUCUGAUUCUAAAUUAAUUAUCCUGGAAGCAAUUGACUUCAUCCCCCAUCAGCUUGGUUCCAUUGGCACGGUUCAUGCAUGCUGGGGCAAGACCUGGGCCCCUUCCUCUCUGGUCCUCUGGGGACGUCCGGGAUCUGGUUUCAGUAUCCAGGGGUCAUGAGAGCUCAGGCCUCCACCACGGAGAGGUGGGGAAGGAGCUCGAGGCCUGGCGUUCCCCGCGGGAACACCGUUGGGAGUCUCCCCGCUCUGCUGGGCCUUCUGCCCAGAUAUGGAACGUUCCAGCUUUCUGCACUCUCUGGCGCAGAAUGAAAAGAAUCUGCUAGUCUGUCUGACCAGCUAGGACGUUCUUGAAAGGCAGGUGCCAUUCUUGACCUUAAAAAAAAAAAAAAAAAAAAUUGUGAGCAGGUUAGACGCUUAACCCUUUCUGAUCUGAACUGGUCCCUGAAAACAAAGACGUCAGGAAGAUUCCGUUUCGUCAUGUCUGCAGACAGAGGGGUGGUGCAUGUGUGGUUGACCAGAGAUCGUGAGCCCACUACCCUGGGCCGGGAGGAAGUGAGUGAGGACACAUUCCUCUGCCUUGCAGUUGGUUUGCUGAGAGACGGUGGAAAGGUCACUUCGCCUUUCUUCAACCUCAGUUUCCUCAUCCGUCAAAUGGGGACUUUUUCUGCCCCGCCAGCCUCAAAGGUUUGUUUGAGAACCAACAGAGGCCCGUGCACGUGUGUCGGGCGUGAGACCGUGAGGUCAGGGUCACCUCCCAUGGCCCGUCAGGUGCCCCGCAUUCCCUUGCCUUCACCAUGGGUGUCCUGGGGCUGCAGCCACCUCCGUGUCACCCUCAGGGGUAGCCGAGGACCUGGGGGUGUCACCCUGGUGCUUCACGUGGGAGGCAGAGGCUUAGAGGGGUGAGGCAGCGGGGGGAGGUGAAGAGAAGCCUGAAGGAAAGUCAGUUUUUCGGACCCAAAGAAGGGUAGGAGCUCCCGGACUUUAGGAUUCUGUGAACUGGCUUAAAAAGAAAUCAGGGCCAAUAUAAGGUUGCUACCUUUAACUUUUGUCAAAUAAGGACAUAAAACCUUCUCGUCUCCAUUAUUAUUAUUUGAUGAUAGAAGGGACGUUUAAAAAUUUUUUUAAAUGUUUAUUUUUGAGAGAGAGAGUGCAAGUGGGGGAGGGGCAGAGAGCGAGAAGGAGACACAGAAUCCGAAGCAGGCUCCAGGCUCCGAGCUGUCAGCACAGAGCCCGACGCGGGGCUCGAACCCACAGACCGCGAGAUCAGGACCUGAGCCGAAGUCGGACGCUCAACCGACUGAGCCACCCAGGCGCCCCGAGAAUUUUUAGUCUAAGCACCCACCCAAUGCUUGGAUUCCUUUUACUGUGGUUUUGUGAAGCGAUCUUUCUUUCAUCUGCUCUUGGCUUGCAUUCUUCCAGCGACGGGGUGCUCACCCCCUCCCCCAGCAGCCGCGCAUUCCAACGUCACGCAGUUCUUUUCCUUAUUGUUCUGCGGCCUUCUGUCCCCGGGCUUCAGCUCACAGAUCUUUGUGUGCACCCCCUCAGGCUCAGCGGGCUUCUGCUCCUUCUCCCCACGCCUAGCCCUUCAGCCCUGCACUCAGUCUGGUUCUCAUCGCUUCCCUCCAUCGGUCCACAGAUGUUUUCUGUGGGCCUCCCACUGCCAGGCAGUGAAAGCCCUCUUGGGAACCUCCCUGAACCUCCCAGCGCCUUCGUCCUCCCCUUCACUGGAAGCCACCACUCCACUACUCCACUCUCCGACCUUCUCGGAGAUUCUGAGGACGAGCUUGCCAAGUUAAGGCCAGGCCAGGGUCGGGCCGCCUUACGGGUUCCCUUGCCACGGUGUCCUGGAGGCAUCACUGUCCUCCUUGUGCGGAGGAGGAAACUGAGGCUCGCCGGCUCCCUGCGCGGCCGGAGGCCAAGGCACCGCGGCUCCACGCCAGGUCUUGGCUGCGAGCCUCUGGCUGUUUCCGUGGCCUCGCACUGUCAAGGCGGGGACGGGCUUCUCGCUACCCAGAACCCCCUUGUGCCUCUCUCUGGGUUCUUGCAUGGCUCCAGGGGCUGGAGAAUGUGGACGGGGGCUUGGCGUCCAGGAGCCCUAGGUUUUCCAAGAGCUUCUGAUCCUAAAUGUGCAGCUUCACGCCCAGCCCUGGUAUGGGAACUUGUCACCUCCUUGUAGCUCCUUCAGCCGACGAGCCCGCUGAGUCUCCCCCAUGUACCAGGCACGGAGAACACGAUGCUCCGGAGAACACGAUGAGGAAGACAGUGACCUUGUGCCCCAGGAGCUCACAGACUAGUAGAAGGUCAGGAGGCAGAUGGGCAUGUGCACCCAGCCUUCUGGAAGCCCGGGGCAGCAAGCGGUGGGACCUUCCUGGCCUGGGUGGUGGCGACAAAGGGAGAGGGCAUUUGGAUUGGGCUUUGAAGGGUGCAUAAGAGUUCGCAGGGCAGCCACACACUGAACUGAUCUCCAAAAAGUAAGUGAGGAGUGGGGGCGCCUGGGUGGCUCAGUCGGUUAAGCAUCUGACUCUUGAUUUUGGCUCAGGUCAUGAUCUCACAGUUGAUGGUGGGUUCGAGCCCCGCAUCGGGCUCUGUGCUGGCAGUGUGGAGCCUGCUUGGGAUUCUCUCUCCCUUUCUCCUGCUCAUGCUCUCUCCCUCUCUCUCUCAAAAAAAAAAAAAAAAAACUUAAAAAAAAAAUUAAGUAAGGAGCAAUAAUGGGGGUUCAGUCAUGACAACUUUUCCUGGAGACUGUCCGUGACUUUGUUAGUAUGUGCAGAAACACUGCAGGAUUGGCUGCGAAAAAUCAAUAACUCUCUUCGACUCCCUUUGUUAUCUGCUUCCUGCCUGGGGCUCAAGGAGAUCGAGAAGCUAGUGUUGCAAAGGCACGGGAAGAUUCAAUCCCACGUUAGACGUACACAUUUUUGCUAAGUAGAUAAAUAAUGACCUUAUUAAGGUUUCUUUUGGCUCUGCGUCGGGGGCCCACAGCCCAUUGCUAGCAGGGUCUCAGAAAUCGGCGUCUGUUUUCUCUUAUUUGGACAGGAGCCUCUGGCUGAGGUGCUGAGCCGUCUUGGAGAGUUCUCUUCCCCGCAGAGCAUUAGUCACGAAACAGUAAUUUACCGCAGGAAUCGCACAGAGUGGGAUGAUAUUGAUUUGUGGGCCUUUUGGCAAAACGUACUCGUUCACAACUGGCCAGAGAAGCAGCCCGAAGACGUUCUGGGCGAAGCGUGACCGUGUGGUCCCAGAUGAGCCGGUCGGAAAGGCCAAGUAACCGGUCCAAGGUGUGAAGGGCAUGGUCUAGCGGCCCAGACAAGGACGUGGAACCAGCCCCCGGAGUUUCUGGUCCCGGCUGUCUCCGCCUCCGCUUGGCCUUGGGUAAGUCACUUUGGGAGGCCACGUGGGUCUGGAAGCAGGUGAGGACUGGAGGGCGGGGAGGGGGGGGGUUCUACCACUCUGUGGGGUCCUGCCUGCGGCUGGCCGACGGGGAUUUCACCCAGCUCAGUGGGAAGAGCAGGGAAGACCAGAAGUCGGGGAGCAGGGGACAGCCUGCCCAGGACACCUGAGGUGGUCAGGAACCUGAGGCUCUGAGAUGGAAAGAACCCACCCAGGUCCCGUGAUCAGCUCGGCUCUCGCCCUAAGCUGGCCCGUCUUUCUCGUAGGUCCUUUGACCUCGGGUGCUUUGAUUUGGGAAUGUAUCCAGUGAUGGGAAUAGGGCGUUCCCGAAAACUCCCACCUCCUAGGUCCUGCCCACCUCCCCCUCCCACAGAGGGGAAAGAGCUGCCUUCCCAGGGCCCCGGGGCCGAGCCUCCCCACCCCCACCUCCCUUCGCCCCCAGCCCUCCCCAUGGUCUCACUGGGGCCUCUGAAAGCUUGGUGCAAACGCUGCCCCCUUCUCUGGCCCCACCUGCGUCCUUCCAGGCUUUUCUCUGCCCUCUCGUGGACUUCCCCCAGCCCCUCCACUCUGCCGCCCUUCCCGCCUCCCCAAAAGACUGACCACGGGAACCCCUUUCUCGCUCACAGCCCCGUGAUCCUCUUGUCCGCCAGCACGGCAAAGCCCUGACCAGGCCCGGCCCCCCAGACCCGGAGCCCAGCUGCUCUCCCCUCAGUCAGGGGGUCAAGUCCACAGUAAUUAGCAUGACCUGCCAACUCUUGGUCUCUUUGAAUCCACCACCCUCCUGGCCCCAUCUCAGGCCACCGCCUGCUUUGGGUUCUAGGCAGGAUCCCGGGGAAGCAAAAUGCCUGUAAUGUUCGAGUGCCGUUCUGACCCCAGGGCUGCACCUGUUACCUGUCCUCUGUCCUCUAGAGGCACUCUGGAGGGCUCCUGUGCCACCUGUUGGCUCCCCCGCCAGGAGGUGCUGGCUGGGCACUGAACAAGCUCUCCUGAGGGCCCAGGACCCCGCUGCCUCUGCUGUGGCGUCUGUCGCUCUUGCCGGGCUCCGUGUUCGGCUCUGUUCCCAAGUGAGGAAGUAGGUGGUGAGUGGGAGAAAGGCCUCUGGCUUUGGGUUUGUGUCCUCCAGAUCCUACUGGGUGCACUUAACAGCCUCCCCAAGUCCAAGUCUCCUCUGUAAGAGGAUUACUCACACCUCCCUCUUGGGGUGGUUGUAAGAGUGGAGGCCGGCGGGGGUGGGGGUUGGCGGGGAGCCUCAGCUGCCUCACAGCCCUUCUUCCUCUUCCUCCUCCCCGGCUUCUGGUAAUUAUGACAGUGACUGUCAUUAGUCAUCGGCCCUGCCCUGCCCUGCCCACCCCAGUGCUGUGAGCACCAGUUGAGGCCAGGGGUGUGGGGUCUGUUGCCAAAGACAGAAGGAGGCAGCACGGGGGAGGGGCCAGGCCCAGCCCGGGAGAGCCCACCUUCUAGAUCCUAGAAGCAUGUAAUUCUCACCUUCCCACCCAGAAGGAAUCCCCUUUAACGCUCAGCCGUGAGGCUAAGAUUUGGACCCCAGACCUAUUGAAGUGUGCGUAUUUCCACCCUAAUAAAGCCCCUUAAGGUUGCUGGGUGCCCAGCACGAGACCCAGUGCGCCCGAGGGGGCAGCAAGGCCGGGAGGCAGGUGCCAGGCUGCUGUUUCCCUUUGAGCGGACAUGAGCGUUAGCAGGUCAGACCGGCAGACUCCCAGCACCCCCCAAACGUUGUCGCUUUCAGACCAGGCCCAGACACCCCUGCACUUCUCCUUGCUGACUGUCCCCCGAGGAAGCCCGCAUCCCCCGGGUGGGGGGGGGCUCCGCCUCUUUUGUGUGGAUGUUGGGGGUGUGCCCUCUGCCUUGGUCUUCCUGAGGGAGGAGUGUUUCUCCCACCACCCUGCCCUUCCUUCUCUAAUCCGUCCUGUUCCCCCUUGUGAACGUGCUCCCAGGGUUGGGACCAUGCUCCUGGGGGUUGGGACCGUGUUCCCAGGGAUUGGGACCGUGCUUCCGGGGUUGGGACCGGAGCCCCAGGCGGGGCCUCUGCCUCGGGGGAUAGAUUAGUGUGGAAGGUGCUGCCUUAACCAGUUUCCCCUCCUUCCUUCCUCAGCUCUAUGGGAGCUGCAAGAUGGGAGGGGGAAAAUCUGGCUCUGUGUGCAGGCACGCCUCGGAGACCCUGCAGAUUUGGUUCCAGAGCACCGCAGUAAGGCAAAUAUCCCAAUAAAGCGAGUCAAUGAAUGUUGUGGUUUCCCAGUGCAUAUAAAAGUUAUGUUUAUACAAUACUGUAGUCUACUGAGUGUGAAAUAGCAUUAGGUCUAAAAAAACCCACCAGUGUAUAUACCUUAAUUUAAAAAUACCGGGGCACCUGGGUGGCUCAGUCAGUUAAGCGUCCGACUUCGGCUCAGGUCAUGAUCUCGAGGUCUGUGAGUUCGAGCCCCGCAUCGGGCUCUGUGCUGACAGCUCAGAGCCUGGAGCCUGCUUCGGAUUCUGUGUCUCGCUCUCUCUCUGACCCUCCCCCAUUUGCUCUCUUUCUCUUUCAGAAAUAAAUAAAUGUUCAAAAAAAUUAAAAGAAUACUUCAUUACUGGAGCCCCUGGGUGACUCAGUCGGUUAAGUGUCCGACUCUUGAUUUCAGCUCAGGUCAUGAUCUCACGAGUCGUGAGAUUGAGCCCUGCGUGAGCUCUGCUAUCAGCACAGAGCCUGCUGGAGAUGCUCUCUCUACCUCUCUAAAAAAAACCAAACCAAACCAAAACAAAACAAAA